AUGGGCUCUUCUUGUUUUACACAAGCCUUGUGCAACCUUCUAUUAGGUCUUCUCAAAGACAUUCUCCUGGUGGUACUCUCUUGUAUCCCUCUUCUAAAUAGAGCAUUAUUAUCUGAGAAACACACCAAUGGCUCUGUUGCAGAAUCUCGUCCAUCUCCUUUGUUGGUUCCGGUCCCUGUCCACUGCACGACCGAAAUGAUCAAGGAUCGAGUCCCGGUGCUUGACUUUGGUUGUGUCCUUGAAAGGUCUGGAGCGCGUAGAGUUGAUUCACUUUGCGUGGUGUGCUUGAAGCUCAUGAAGGGUGGUGAUGAGGUUAGAGAGCUUUGCAAUUGUUGUCAUGUGUUUCACAGAGAGUGCCUCAAUGCUUGGAUCGAUGAAGGUCAAGUAACUUGCCCUCUGUGUAGAGCUAAACUAUUGCCAAGUCAAGGAAAGGAUGAAGUGAAGAGUGGAGGAGAUCCAUGGAGAAGAGAUAGGAUGAUUUACUUGUUUGGUGAGGAUUAUGUGAUGGGUACCUCUUAA